ACUAGCCAUGAGUGCUAUCUUCACUCUCUCAUGGCCAGUCUUCCCUCUCUUUCCCUCUCCUCCACCAACCCACUAAACCCAAAACUCAAUUCUUUCUCCACCACCACCACCUCCACCUCUCAAAACACCACCUUCACUAAAAGACACUUGAUUCUCAAAACUACUUCACUUUGUUUCAUUUCUUUGGCCUCGCAACAUCCACUUCCAUAUUCUUUAGCUGAGCCUUCACCACCUUCGAAAACUGCUUUUUCUGGCAUUGCCAAUACAAAGUCUUGGUUCCAGUUCUAUGGUGAUGGCUUUGCUAUUAGAGUCCCUCCUCAGUUUGAAGAUAUCAUGGAGCCUGAGGAUUUCAAUGCUGGGUUGUCUCUUUACGGGGAUAAGGCAAAGCCAAAGGCCUUUGCUGCACGUUUUGCAUCCACUGAUGGAUCUGAAGUCUUGAGUGUUGUGGUUCGCCCGUCCAAUCAGCUCAAGAUCACUUUCUUGGAGGCCAAAGAUAUUACCGACUUUGGAUCCUUGAAAGAGGCAGCAAAAAUCUUUGUUCCAGGAGGUUCAACUAUAUACUCUGCCCGAACAAUAAAGAUAAAAGAAGAGGAAGGCUUCAAGACUUAUUACUUCUAUGAAUUUGGUAAGGAUGAACAACACGUAGCAUUAGUAGCUGCUGUUAAUAGUGGAAAGACAAUUAUUGCUGGAGCAACUGCUCCAGAGUCCAAGUGGGAUGAUGAUGGCGUGAAGCUACGUUCUGCUGCUAUAUCACUUACCCUUUUGUAGUCAUCCAACGAUUUUUUUCUUAUCAGAUUGUGUUCACAUUAUCAUGCUACUCAAUUGUUUUGCCAAUGCGGCACAACUUGCUCAUUGGAUUUCUCUAAGGCAUCUUUCACAUUUGCCACAACUAUGAAAAUUUAUGGAUGAGAUUACCUACAAUCAUUCAGCUUAGCGAAUGGUUAGUUUUUAUCAACCUACCUUCUAAUACCGGCUGCUAAGCAGCUUAUAGCUUUAUAGAGUUUGAACAGGACUUGAAUGAGGCUGGUUGUAAGUGGGCAUUCAGGCCCAAAUGAUUUUGAGAAGUUCCUUCAAUUUUCAAACUUUUCGUUUGUUUUCAGCAUUAUUGGGUGAUUGUCACUGAAUUUUCUUCAGCAAGAGCUCAUUACUAGUAUUUUUA